AUGUUAUUUAGGGGUAAAAAAGAACGUCAAGAUGUAUAUCAAGCACCAUAUGUAUGGGUUCAAUUUAAUCAAGUUAAACCAAAUAUAUUAAUCAAUGUUAUGUGUCGAGAAUUUGCUGCAAAUAUUAGUUUUGAUAGAAAAUCAUCUCGAGCUCUAAUGCGUGUCCAAAUUUAUAUAAGAGAUUUACCAAAAAGUGUAUCAUGGCGUAAAACAGGGAAGAUAUGA